UUUUGAGUGGUGAUAAAAAAUAUAUUGCUAUAGGAAAAAUGAAUGGAAGUUGUGUUUCGCAUCUAACAUAUUUCGUUCGAUCCAUAUCAUCACGAAAAUCAUUUAUUUCAAUAUAAUAACAUUUCAAUUCAGGUCAAAAUGACAUUGAAACAUGUGUCCAAGUUCCUUUACCGAAGCAGUAAUAUAGAUGAAAAAUAUUUCGAAAGAUAUUUAAAACGAGAAAUACCAUUUGAUAAUUGUGCUUUUGAGCUCAGGAUAAGUGGAAGUAGUGAUGAUGACCAAAGACUCAUGUCUUUCGUUGAUAUAUUGUGGGGAUUCGAAGUGACCGGAGGAUCUGAUCAAUUUGAAGCACUCACAGUGAUUGAUGUUCGAAGGAGUGGGUAUGCGUUUCGAGCGGGAAUUAGAAAAAAUGACAUAAUUUUUCGUAUUAACAAUGUUUUUACGGAUGAUAUGACACUGUUGGAGGCUCAAAAAAUGAUUAAAAAGUCGGGUAAACAUUUGCGCAUCUUUGUAAAAGGAAAUGAUCAAAUUGAAGAAAAUGAUGAGUUUACUGUGGACUUUUGGUUUAAACCAAAAAAACGAUUUCCACCAGUAUAUAUCAUCAACAAAUGGCCUGAUUCUUUCAAUUGGAACGAUAGAAAAAAACCUAUAUACAAAGAGAGUAACUGCUUUUUAGUCCCAAGUAAAACGGAAGAUCACAAAGAUAAGAAAAAGAUUAUUCAUCGAACUACAGACGAGGACAAUCAAACGUAUGCAGCAAAAUAAUUUCUUCACAUAAAAUAUUUUAAUACAAAAUAACACCCAUAUAAUAAAAUUUAUAUUGAUUUCAAGCCUA